AUGAGUGCCAUCCGAGGCAUUCUCAACGUCUUCAGGCCCCGGGCCAGGCCUGUGGGCAUCAUCAACCUUAAACCCCUCAGCGACUCCAACGCCCGUGUGGGGAGAGCCUUUCUGGAGCGCUGCAACCCCUUUAGAGACCUGCCCCAGGACGCCAAAGUCGAAAACACCUUGUGCGAAGUGCGCUACAUCGACCGCACGCUGCGCGACUCGCUGGUCCCCACGUCUUUGCCGGGCGAUGAUUAUCACUUGUGUUCCAAGCUGCUGCGCAGCCUUGAGACGCGCCGCGAUUUGACCUGGUUGGUCCUUCGCGAGACGGAUAUAAGGGACACCAUCAGCGCUAUCGCGCGCAGAGGCGGUCGGCGUGCUCCUAUUCCCAACGAGCCUCACGACAUCCAUAGCCGCGCGAAAGCUCUCGAACGUCAUUGGUCAGCGCUGGAAAAAUGCCACACCAAGCUCAGAGAAUGGGAGCCCAAAUAUGCGACGCAAUCUCAACCGCCGCUCUUGGAUGAGAAAGAUGGUUCGACACUUGAAUUGAGCGACGAGCAGGCUGCGCAAGCGGAGAUGGAGUAUCGUGAAUGGCGAUCUGAUCGAGAUAGAAAAGUCUCCUAUCUCAAGACGAAUCCUCCCGAGCCUGCGACUUUUGUGCCAGUUGAGCGUCGCGAUAUCCAGACCGAUGAGACUUGGAAUAUCCUACCGCCGUCUGAAAGCCAAUACGGCAUGCGACUUCUGCCUGUCUGGACACCAAUCUUCUUCCAAGAGGUGCCCCUCGACUGGGAGAACCCCGAUCCAUCGCUAAGAAGCACGUGGGGUGAAAAGAAGCGAAGAGAGGAAUUUAGAAGAAGAGAGAAUGAUCGAAGAGAGAAGAAGUAUGAAUUUCAAAAACAGCUUCAAAAGGAGAUGAGUAAGGAGUUAUAA